AUGGCCGCUUCUACGGGCCCGCCCGAUGGCACUGGUGGGUUUUGCCCCGCUGGUCCUCAAGGUGCCCUCCAGCUCGACCCGUGGCUCGAGCCGCAUAAAGAGGACCUGAAGGCUCGCUUCGCCUAUGCCCAGAGCUGGAUCAAGAAGAUCGACGAUGCGGAAGGCGGCCUGGAAAAGUUCAGUAGGGGAUACGAGAAAUUCGGCUUCCAGGUCGACGACAAUGGCGACAUCACCUACCGGGAAUGGGCUCCGAGCGCCCUCGAAGCCCAUCUCAUUGGCGAUUUCAAUAAUUGGGAUAGAAAAGCGCAUCCCAUGAAGAUGAACUCCUUUGGUGUGUGGGAGAUCACCCUGCCAGCGAAGAAUGGGCAGCCGAUCAUUCCCCAUGAUAGCAAAAUCAAGAUCACCAUGAUUACCGGCACGGGUGAAGUGAUUGACAGGAUCCCCGCCUGGAUCAAGCGCGUCACGCAGGAUCUGAGUGUCUCGCCCGUGUACGAUGCUGUUUUCUGGAAUCCGCCGCAUAGUGAAAGAUUCACUUUCAAGCAUUCUCGUCCGAAGAAACCAGCCAGUCUACGCAUUUACGAAGCGCAUGUCGGUAUUUCGUCACCGGAGACGAAAGUCGCUACGUAUAAGAAUUUUACAACCAACAUGCUGCCGCGCAUAAAAUAUCUCGGGUAUAAUUCCAUCCAGUUGAUGGCCAUCAUGGAACAUGCGUACUAUGCUAGCUUUGGCUACCAAGUCAACAACUUUUACGCCGCCAGCAGCCGCUAUGGGAGCCCAGAAGACCUGAAAGAACUGAUCGAUACUGCUCAUAGCAUGGGGAUUGUGGUGCUCCUUGAUGUCGUGCACAGCCAUGCAUCAAAGAACGUGCUCGAUGGUCUGAACAUGUUUGAUGGAAGCGAUCAUCUCUACUUCCAUGCCGGAGGCAAAGGUCAGCACGAGCUAUGGGAUAGCCGUUUGUUCAACUACGGAAACCACGAGGUCCUUCGAUUUCUACUGAGCAAUCUGCGCUUCUGGAUGGAGGAGUAUCAGUUUGACGGAUUUAGGUUCGAUGGUGUGACGAGCAUGCUGUAUACCCACCACGGUAUUGGAACUGGAUUUUCCGGUGGCUAUCACGAAUACUUCGGCCCGGCUGUGGAUACCGACAGCGUGAUGUAUCUGCAGCUCGCCAACGAGAUGCUCCACCAGCUUUAUCCUGAUAGUAUCACCGUUGCAGAAGAUGUGUCAGGCAUGCCAGCCCUCUGCUUGCCGCUAUCUAUGGGUGGUGUAGGCUUUGACUAUCGUCUUGCUAUGGCAAUUCCGGAUAUGUAUAUCAAAUGGCUUAAGGAAAAGAAAGACGAGGAAUGGGAUAUGGGCAAGCUCUCAUUCACUCUCACCAACCGCCGACAUGGGGAAAAGACUAUUGCUUAUGCAGAAAGCCAUGAUCAAGCUCUCGUGGGCGAUAAGACUUUAAUGAUGUGGUUAUGCGACAAGGAAAUGUACACCAACAUGUCCGUCCUCACUGAACUAACCCCAGUCAUCGACCGCGGCAUGGCACUCCACAAAAUGAUCCGCCUCAUCACCCACGGCCUCGGCGGCGAAGGCUGGCUGAACUUCGAGGGCAACGAAUUCGGCCAUCCCGAAUGGCUCGACUUUCCUCGCGCCGGAAACAACAACUCGUUCUGGUACGCGCGUCGCCAGCUGAACCUAACCGAGGACCAUCUCCUCCGCUACCGGUUCCUAAACGACUUUGACCGCGCCAUGCAACUCACCGAAGCAAAAUACGGCUGGCUGCACUCACCACAGGCAUAUGUGAGCCUCAAAAACGAAGACGAUAAAGUAAUCGUUUUCGAGCGUGCGGGACUCCUCUGGGUCUUCAAUUUCCAUCCUACGAACAGCUUCUCAGAUUAUCGCGUUGGCGUCGAUCAUGAGGGCACGUAUCGUAUUGUCCUCGACACUGAUGAUGCGGAUUUCGGUGGUCAUGCAAGGAAUCAGAAGGAUACUAGGUUUUUCACCACGGAUAUGCCGUGGAAUGGUCGUAAGAAUUUCUUACAUAUCUAUAUUCCGUCCAGGACUGCCUUGGUCUUUGCGCUGGAAAGCACGCUCUGA